CGUCAGCAGCCUCUGCGCUUGGAGGUUGAAAUCCGAGUAUGAUGCCAGGAGGCUCCAGAAAGCGCACACGCGGCGGCGGAGGCUCCAAAAAGCGCGCCCGAUGUAGUGGCGGUAGCCAAGACGGAGGCGUUAGCAAGCGCCAAAUCAAAUCCAACUUCCAACAGCCGACUAUUCGCAGGUCUUCAGCUGCCCUAGGCGGACGCUUACUCGGCACUGGGGUAACUGACCUCCGAAACCGCAGUACCGCCGCUGCUUCCACGGCUCCAGCACCUUCCAGUGUGGCAGAUGAGACUUUUAACCUUGUUAACGGGAACUCUCUGCACUUCGCGACAAUAAUUCGAUUGUCGCCAGACCUAGUGGAUGAGAUCAAGCGGGCGGAGGCUCAUGGCGCUACAACGCAGAUCAAGUUUGGCUCAAAAGCAAAUAACUCAGCUGGAAAUGUUAUAAGUGUUGGUGGUAAAGACUUCAGAUUCACAUGGUCACGAGACAGCGGAGACCUCUGUGAUAUUUAUGAAGAACGCCAAAGUGAAGAGGAUGGAAUUGGAUUGCUAGUAGAAUCGGGUAGUGCUUGGAGAAAGGUAAAUGUACAGCGUGUUUUGGAUGAAUCAACUAAAAACCAUGUUAAAAUGCGAUCUGAGGAAGCCGAACGCAAGUCCAAAUCACGCAAAACCAUUGUUUUAGAUUCUCGAAAUACAUCUACAAAGAGUGAAAUGAAGGCUGCAGCUGCUGAAGAAGGUACUCCAUGUAAAAUGGCUUUCAAGCAACCACCUCAGAGAAAGAGAAAAGUGGAGCCACUUUCAGUUACUCCAUCAAAUGGACCUUCAACUUCAUCUGGACCCAAGAAUAGCACAAGUUCCAAAGUUUCUGAUCUGCGGUGCAUGUUGUUAACUUUACUCAUGGACAAUCAAUCAAAUGGAAUGACCCUCAAGGCAUUGGAUAAAUCUGUUCAAGAGGCCUUUCCAAAUUCAACAAGGGAAAUCGAGACCUUGCUCAAAAGGGUUGCAAUCUUUCGGGCUCCAGGGAGAUAUUUUCUUAAACCGGGAAUGGAGAGAGAAGCUCUCAAGAAAUAUACAGCUGGAAGUGGAAGUUCUCCAGAGAAUAAAGAUAACGCACCAUCUACCCAUAAUAUGCAUGAAAUUCUUGUUCAAGAAACUAGUUUGUCAAUAAGGACUGAUACUAAAGCAUCGGAAGGGAAGUUACAGUUGAGUUCUAAACUUGAAGGCGCACCAACCUCUUGGGUUAGACCAUCACCUGACUGCUUUGUUGAGCAAAAAGCUUCUGACCAGAUUGAAGAUCCAACAGGUGUCUCUAGUGACAGUGAAAGUGCAAGUGACAAAAGCAGAAGUAGAAGCCCUGUGGAAUGUGAAAGUGACCUGUCCUCUAACAGUAAGUCAUCAAAUGGCGAUUUAGAUAUCAUGGGAAGUGAUAGUGACAGGGGGGGACAGAAAGUUUCUGAAAAUGGGUUACUGAAAUUUCCCAUUUCAUUGACAUCUCAAGAUGCCAAACCCUCCCAAUUCCGGAUCGGUGAAAAAGAAUAUACGCGUGUUUCAGACAUCUUGGAGAUCGAGAAAGACUUACCAGAUGUGGAAAUGACUGAUGUUAAUACUGAUUCACGUCUUAUAGAGAAUCAGCUUGUUACUGAAGGAGUUGUUAACGGAAAGCAGGACGAUAAACCUGCCGCUACUAAGAGCAGAAAAACUGGAAACAUGCAUAAAAAACAGGUUUCUUUUAGUAUGGACCCACUUUUUGCCAAGGACGUUGUUCAGGACAAGUACCAAACACAUGUUGAUUCACCACCUUUUUAUCAGCAAUGUUCUGCAGUUGAUCACAGUGUAGUGGAAUACCAUAGUAAUAAAGCUGUUGAAGUGAAUGGCGAAGAGCGAUAUAAUAUGAAAGGAGGGAGCCUAGUCAUCUUCAAUGGAGAAAGUAAUAAUGGAAAAGUCUGUACUGGUGCAGCCCACGGUGACAGAAGUAAUAUUGCUUUCCAGGAGAAAAGAAAUUCUUCUGCUGAUGAGAUCAGCUCUUCAUACUUAAAGUAUGAAAAGAAGGAGCCUGAGUUGAGGGUACCAAUAAAGUGUUUCAUCGAGUAUAAAGAAUAUGUUGAGGAGUAUCAUGAGAAGUAUGACAAGUAUUGCUCGUUGAGUAAAAACUUGAAGUCCUAUUGGUUUGAGUUUUGUGAAAUUGGUAAGGACCUAAACGCCUGGAAAGGAAAAGACAUGGAGAAAUACUAUGAAAUUUUGGCACGCUUGAAGGAUUCAUAUUGCCAACAUGCACCUACGCAUAAACGACUAAAGAAAAUAUUCAUUGUGCUUCAUGAAGAACUGAAGCAUUUAAAACAGAUGAUCAAUGACUUCGUUGCCUCAAAUGGUAGCAAUGAAUAACAGAUUGUCCCCUAGUUCCUCCUCGUGUAAAUUUCGGUUGUUUUAUUGGACAAGUUGUGUACAUUUCCCAAACAGGUUUUACAUAUCACGCUAGACAUUAAGCUACAUGAUGUAAACAUUUUUUUCUCUAUUAAUAUUACUUACUAAUUAUCGUUAUUAUAUUGGGAAAUGUCAUCUUAGUACUGCUCGAUGCCUAUUUAUAAAAUUAAAUACAAUUUUUUAAAAUUGAGUCUACCUGCUUUACUUUUUUAAAAUUAAAUACAAUUUUUUCUAAUUUAUUUAUGAACUAUUCGGAUACUUUUUGGCAUGUUAGUCCUUUCAGGGUUAAGUUAGUCCUUCUUAGGGUUUAGCUUUUAAUAUAUUUAGGGUUAAUGUUUUAGUAGUGGUGACGGAAGUGCCGAUACGGGUGACAACAGCAGUGGCGGUAGUAAUUUGAGUGGCGUCAGUCUAGUGUUUUAGCACACUAGUGGAUUCAUCUACUAUAGUAGAAAAAUUUGCAAAUUUAUUAUCUUGUAAAUCUAAUUUGGUAUUAUUGCAUGUGUAAAAUAUGUAUCUAGCGAUCUUCUAGAGAUGGCCAUGGUUGAGCCUGGUGAGUCAGCGUUUUUUUGUUUUACAUGUACUUUCAAUCAAAUCGCAUUUUUCUAUUAUUAGGAAUUAAGGAUAUAACAAGCUUUUAUCAGACAAGCAGUAAAUGUUGUACUACGUAUGAAAGAAUACAUUAAUGUUUGUUCCUCAUUUCAUGCUUGUUUGAUUACCAAGAGCUAGCCAUGGAUCCGGUUUAGGAAUCAGGAUGUUUUUACUUGGACUGUAAUUCGUCCCAGACCAGUUCAGACCAUAACAGACCAGACUUGGAUAGUUAUUAAAAUACAAAGAGACCAGACAUUACCAGUCCAGACCAGACCAGCAAAUCAUAGUCCAAGUAAAAACAUCCUCAGCCAAUUAUGUACCUGUGAACCUGAACCAUCCCUCGGGGUGGAAUCGGGAUCGGGUUGGAGGGAUGUAUGGGAAUGGUUCUGGUUAUGACAUAUGAGGAGAGAAUUAGUCGGUGUGGUUCCAUUUCUAUAUGUGCAGUUCGUAUCAUGGCUCUUAUGGUAAGACAGGACUGGUUAAAAUCGAUGUAGAGGGUGUCAUUGUUUUAGGAGCUUGUUUUGCGGCAGCGUCGUCGUUGGUUGCAGCGCUUCAGUUUGUGGUGUCCUCUUUGUGUUUUAGACUUUGAAGAAUGCCUCAUCUCCUUAUACACUAGGUGGAUCUUCAGGUGGAAGUGAUUUUGACCUAAAAGGUACUAUAAGUGAGAAUGAGGUCCAUUUUCGAGCACAUUAUUAUUUGCUAGCCACAAGAUUUUUACAAGCUCGUGCAUUUUUUUGUCUUCAAUAUGUUGACCUGCAGAUCAUGCAGUUUUGUCAGAGCUUUAUGAAUGAAUUAAAGACUCCUUAUCCUUUUCAAGAAUUUUGAAUGAGUUUUUACGGAAUGUUGCCCUGGUUAUUUGUUUCUUAUUUAUUAUGUAGGGCUUUCUCACGGAAGAAAUGGGUGUUGGAAAAAGCAAAAUGGGCUUUCUAUAUGGUCAAUAUCAUAAGCUGGCAUUGCCGAUAACAGGUUAAAAAAUGCUUUAUUUGCUGCAAUUGUAAUUUGAUGUAAUUCUUGUUACAAAUGCUUUAUUUGCUGCAAUUGUAAUUUGAUGUAAUUCUUGUUACAUACUCCGUAAUACGUAGCAUGUUGUAUAUGUAUAUCCAAGGGUAAUUACAUUUAAUUCCCCUGACGACGACAACAACAAAUUAUAAAAUUUUCCUUCAAAUUUAUAUACAUUACAGACCCUUUCAGCAG